UCUGUUCUGUUUUUUUUUCCAAUGGAACAGAGAUCUGUCACACUUGCAUUCUAUAAACAUAACCUCACUUCCUGUAACGUCUAACGUGGUACCGUGGUAGUCUUACAUUGUGGUUUUACCCAAAUAUGUUGGAAAGGUUGAAGAUAAUUGUUUGAAAAAUGGGGCGAAAACACAAUAACCAACUACCUGAGAACCUGCCGCAGCUACAAAAUCUCAUCAAAAGAGACCCGCAAUCCUACUAUGAAGAAUUCAUGCAGCAAUAUCAGCAUCUACAAAACACCAUCAAGGUGUUCUAUUUUUCCCCGCAGGCUCCAAAUAAGACCCUGGAAGAUUUGAUGAUGUUUAUGGCUCAAAUAGCUCACUGUUAUCCCAAAGAAUUAAAAACCUUCCCAGAACAAGUUGGAAGUAUACUACAGAAGUACAGUACCAUUCUAGAUAGCAACACUCGUAUGACACUAUGCAAAGCUCUAGUGCUCCUGAGAAAUAAAAAUCUGAUAAGCCCUACUGAUAUUUUAGAGCUUUUCUUCAAUUUACUGAAAUGUCAAGAUAGACCUUUGAGAAAAUUCCUAGAGAAUCAUCUCAUAACAGACAUUAAAAAUUUAAAUGCAAAGCACAAGAAUGAUAAGUUGAAUACAACUCUCCAAAACUACAUGUAUAUGGUCCUGGGGGGAGAUACUAAAGCAGCAAAGAUUGCUUUAGACAUUAUGGUGGAGUUGUAUAAGAAAAACAUAUGGAAUGAUGCAAGAACUGUGAAUGUUAUAGGGAAAGUUGGAUGUUUUUCUAAGAAUACCAAGAUAUUGGUAGGCUCAUUGAAAUUUUUUCUUGGUAAAGACCCUGAAGAAGAGUCUGAAAAUUCUGAUUCUGAAAACGAAAUAGAUCCUAAAGAAGUCAUGAUGGCAAAUAAGGUGAAUAAGAAGACAAGAAAAAGAGAAAAGCAGUUAACCAAGGCAAAGAAACUUGCUGCUAAGGCCUACAAGAAGAAAUCUGCAGCACCCAGUUUUAACUUUUCUGCCUUGCAUCUUAUCCAUGAUCCACAAGGUAUGGCAGAAAAACUAUUUCAACAAUUGGAAAUGACCAACAAGAGAUUUGAAGUCAAGUUGAUGACAUUAGACGUGAUUUCACGUCUCAUAGGGCUUCACAAUUUGUUCCUCUUCAACUUCUACCCUUACAUCCUAAGGUUCUUGCAGCCUCAUCAGCGUGAAGUCACAAGGAUGCUACAGUUUUGUGCUCAAGCCAGUCAUGAGCAACUACCUCCUGAUGUGCUUGAACCAGUUCUCAGAAAAAUGGCUGACAAUUUUGUAACAGAACGUAAUACGUCUGAUGUCAUAGCUAUUGGCCUGAAUGCCAUGAAAGAAGUAUGUGCUAGGUGCCCACUUGCAAUGACUGAAGACCUCAUGAGGACCCUGGUGGACUUCAAAACACACAGAGAGCGGUCAGUAAUAAUGGCUGCAAGGUCACUAAUUCAGUUAUUUAGAAACAUAAGACCAGAAAUACUACACAAAAAAGAAAGGGGAAAACCAACUGAGGCUAUGGAUGAGAUAGAAUCAUUAAACUAUGGCAAGAUUGAGGCUAAAAACUAUGUGCCAGGUGCUGAGGUUCUAAUAGAAGAUCAGAAACCUCAAGAAGAUUCUGCCUCAGAGUCAGGAUCUGAUAGUGAAGGAGGGUGGGUUGAUGUGCAACAUUCAGAUGAUGAGACUUUAGGAGAUAUGGAAGAAGAUAGUGAUGAUGAGGAAGACAAUGAGGACAAUAGUGAUUCUGAAUAUGAUGCUGUAGCAGAAGGUAUUGAAGAACAGCAAACACAAGAAGGCAGUAGGAAAAGUCAAGAAAAUGAAGAGAAUAAAGAAUGUAUAGCCGAUAAAAAUACAUCAAGUGUUGCAAAACUACCCAAACAAAAGAAGAAAGAGGUAGAUUUGAAAGAAAAGAAAGAGCUUGCUCACAAAAUCACCCUGGAAAGAAUCUUAACAGACGAAGAUUUCAAGCGAAUAGAUGCAGCAAAUGUCAGGAAGCAGAUGCAAAGUGCAAAGAGAGGUAUAAAACGGAAACUAGAAGAAAAGCCUGCAGAGAAAGCGUCAGAACUUGUCAAACUUAGUGACAUAGAGAACAUAUACAAGAAGAGAAAACACGAUAAGCUAGCAAGAAUUGAGAGUGUUAGGAAAGGACAAAUAGAUAGAGAGAAAUUCGGGUACCAAGAUAGAAGGGCGAACGAAUUUUGUUCUAAAACCAAUAGAGAGAAAAAGAAGAAGAAGAAUUUCCAGAUGAUGCGGCAUAAGGCGAGGGGCAAAACGAAGAGGAGUUUCAAGGAUAAACAGGUGGCGCUCAGGAAUCAUUUGCUAAAGUUGAAAAAGAUGAAAUAAAACUAAGAAUGUAUGGGAUGUUAUCUAUUUUCUUUUUUAGAUUUUAUUAUAAGUGUCCUACACUUGUAUAUUACAACAUGGAAAAACUAUAGAGGAGCUUAGAAGGAAAGAGGGUGAAGUAGUUGUAAGUUUUUUAACAAUUUCCGUGCAGAAUAAAAAAUAUACCAUGACGGCAUCAAAAUAAUAACGGUGCUUCCAAAGAAAAUCUUAUUUGUAAUCUUGAGUUUGGCCACAGCAGCACUUCAAGGUCAAAGAAACAAUCAAAGUCGCCAUCAAUUAUUAGAGCUUGUUCCAAAUUCAGCCGCUGUGAUAAGCACUAAUAAAUAAUCUUGGGAUAUUUGACGAAAUGAACCACUCCCCUCGUAUCCACUAUAAAAUGUUACAAUACAUUUCUAAAUUUGUGUAAAUACCUCAAUUAAUUAAAAAGCAAAAUUGUA